AGAGAGGAAGAGGAGGAGAGAGAGAAGGGAGUUGGAGAGACGUUUUUGGAUGAGUCUAAGAAGUUAUGGAGGCUGUGUUUCAAUGUUAACUGAGGCUUACAUCGGCCACAUUGGAGGCUCCGCCUAUCUCGCCGCCUACUCACUCACCUUCACUGUCCUUGUCCGCUUCUGCAACGCCAUCACGCUGGGCAUGGGAAGUGGGCUAGAGACCUUAUGUGGGCAAUCCUAUGGUGCAAAGCAAUACCACAUGCUCGGCAUCUACCUACAGAGAUCAUGGGUAAUCGUCACAGCAGUGUCUCUCCUCUUUGUCCCCUGUUAUGUCUUUGCCACGUGCAUAUUUGAGGCAAUUGGGCAACCAGCUGAGCUUGCAGUGGUGGCCGGGAUCGUAGCCUUGUGGUCCUUACCCAUCCACUUCUCAUUCAUAUUCUCCUUCACUUGCCAAAUGUAUCUACAGGCACAGUCUAACAACAAGGUCAUUGUGUGGUUUGCGGCCGCAUCCAUAGUUGUGCAUUGGCUUAUGCUUGGGUUCGGAGUUUCGGGUGUCUUAGCUUCAAAUAUCGUGGCGUAUUGGAUUCCAGUGGUUGGUCAGCUGAUCUACAUCUUUGGCGGGGGUUGUCCUCUCACUUGGACUGGGUUCAGCAUGGCUGCAUUCCAUGAUUUGUGGCCUGUCCUCAAGCUUUCUUUGUCCUCUGGAGUCAUGAUAUGCUUGGAGUUUUCGUACACCUCUAUACUGUUGGUGUUCACAGGAAACUUAGCAGAUGCAAAGAUUGCCAUAGACUCCCUUUCUAUUUGUCUCAAUAUGAAUGGUUGGGAGAUGAUGAUCGCUCUUGGCUUCCUUGCCAGUGCCAGUGUGAGGGUCGCAAAUGAGCUUGGAGCUGGGAAUGCACGAGGGGCGAAAUUUGCAACUCUGGUGGUUACAUUGACUUCAAUGUCUCUUGGAUGUGUGCUUUGGGUGCUCUUCAUUGUGUUCCGAAAACAGAUGGCUUACAUAUUUACAAAUGAUGAGCAAGUCCGAGAAGCAGUCAUCAACUUAUCCAUUCUUCUGGCUUUCUCAGUCCGUCUCAACAGUGUCCAACCAGUUCUUUCCGGGGUGGCAAUCGGGGCCGGUUGGCAGUCAAAAGUGGCUUACGUGAAUAUAACUUGUUAUUAUGUAAUUGGGAUUCCCCUUGGAUUGGUACUCGGCUACGUGCUUGAAAGAGGGGUCAAGGGUAUUUGGAUUGGAAUGUUAUGUGGCACUGGAGCUCAGACCAUGGUUUUGGCUUUCAUGACAUAUAGGACUGAUUGGAAUAAGCAGGUUGAGAAUUCAAGCGCACGAGUUAAUAGGUGGCACCGGUUGGUUAUGGUUUUGGCUGGUUUUGGUGAUUUGGAGAUAUCUUUGAGCAAAAGAUUUGAGAUGACGGAUCUGAGGCCGACAAGGUGCUAUUCAUUUGGCCAAAAACCUGGUUCCCCACAAGAGGUCAAUGCACAUAUUAUAUCCUGUAAGUUGUUGAAGAUGAAAGAAUUCGAUUGGUCAAGAUCAAGACCGAUGACAACUUUACGGAUAUGCUUGCGAAACUCAUCCAAGUAG